AUGGUCGUAACAAUAAUAACAAUAGCAACAACAAUAAUAACGCCAAUAACAACAACAACAACAACUACUACUACUACUACAACUACAACUACUACCAUUAAUACUCGCGCAACCGCAAAGCAGCAACAACCGCACACGCUACGCUGUCGCCAGCCACAUCGACAACAUCGCAAUGACGCGCGCGCUGCACACUGCAGCUGCAUCGCUGCAUGCCUAACUACUGGCACUCCAAUCGUAUCAUUCUCCGCCCAUCGUUUAACGAUUACCGUUGGAACGUUAGUUAUGGCAUAA